GCUCAGCCAGGCACACUAAACUUAGCUUCCACCUCCCGCUCUACAACUGCUGCCACCACCCCAGCCUGGCGGCCACCUGCACAAGAAAACACUGCCACGGGACCCUGCCUGGAGCACACACUCCUUGGUGACCACCAUGUCCCAGACCAAAGCACUGAAAGUCCGUGUGACCCUCUUUUGCAUCCUGGUGGGCAUUGUGCUGGUCAUGGUGGCUGUGGUGACUGACCACUGGGCCGUGCUGAGCCCCCACAUGGAUCUCCACAAUGCCACCUGCGAGGCAGCCCACUUCGGACUCUGGAGGAUUUGCACCAAGCGCAUGGCUGUGGAUGACAGCAAGGACAAGAGCUGCGGAUCCAUCACCCUGACCUGGGAGAAGAACUGCUCCUACUUCAGGCAUUUUAACCCAGGCGAGAGUUCGGAGAUCUUCGAAUUCACCACGCAGAAAGAGUUCAGCAUCUCGGCAGCUGCCAUUGCCAUCUUCAGCCUCGGCUUCGUCAUCUUGGGCACCGUCUGUGUCCUCCUGUCCUUCAGGAAGAAGAGGGAUUACCUGCUGAGGCCCGCCUCCAUGUUCUACGCCUUUGCAGGUCUCUGCAUCUUCGUCUCGGUGGAGGUCAUGCGGCAGUCGGUGAAGCGCAUGAUUGACAGCGAGGACACCGUCUGGAUCCAGUACUAUUACUCCUGGUCCUUCGCCUGCGCCUGUGCCGCCUUCAUCCUCCUCUUCCUGGGCGGCCUGGCCCUCCUGCUCUUCUCCCUGCCUCGAAUGCCCCAGAACCCCUGGGAGUCCUGCAUGGACGCCGAGCCCGAGCACUAGCCUUCCUGCAGCCCCGGCCACCCUCGGGGCUUUCCCCCCAGGAAGCCAAGCCAUGGCCCAGAAGCUUCUAGAGAGGAGGCGAGAGAUUGUUCCCAUCUGCCCCACCCCACGAUGGUCUCAGGCUGCAUCCCCUCUCUGAGCUUGUCUCUGGGCUGUGCCGAGCUCCUCUGCAAAUAGAGCAGUGGACGUGAGUCCAGACCUGACCACGAUUCGGGGCGGGGGAGGCGGCAGGUGGUCAGGUGUUUGGAGAGGCCCAACCUUGCACUGAAGCUCUAAGUUGUCCCCGCUAUGCCAGUUGCUUUUGAUAAGCUGGCUCCAGUUGUCCUUUAUAGAAUGUACAGGGACACCUAUGCUUAUUUACCAGUUCUGGGUGUCAUCCUGUAUAAACAGCCAGUCCCCCUCUCCUUCUCAGUGACAGGACAUGUCCUCUCCAGUGAGCUGAACAUCCCCUCCUUGGCUUCCAGGAGCCCUGAGAAGCUUUUCUAACUGGGUAGAAUCUGACUGUGGUUUGAAAUAAAAUCUCUCAGAAAA